GAUUGAGUAAAAAUCACGAUUUAUAGCGACAAUUGCGACGUUAUGAAUUUCUUUUAAAUUAAUAAUAAACAUAGUAAGAUAUCAGCUCUUACGAUGGAAGAAUUACCUAAUUAUUUUGAUGUCAUUGUUGUUGGUACAGGAAUGCCGGAGUGCAUUAUUGCUGCUGCUGCUGCCAGAAUUGGGAAGAAAGUUUUGCAUCUUGACAGAAAUGGAUAUUAUGGUGGAGAGUGGGCCAGCUUUAGUUUUGACAAAUUCUUGGAGUGGAUUGAAGAAAUAAAGGACAAUACAGAAAAUAACGAAACACAAAGAGACACAGAGUCUUUGAAUUCUCAUCUAAAUGAAGGGGAACAUUUAGUUUUAUGCCCAUUAAAGUCAAAAUCAAUAUCCAAUGCUAAUGUCAAGUCUUAUAUCUGUGAUUCUUCUGAACCAGCAGUUUUGCAACAAACUGAAACCUUGGAUAGUCAAAAUAAUACUGGUAUUUCCAUUCAAGUUGACUCAGCUGAUAAUGAGGUUUCAGCUUCUGGGGAUAGCCAGUCAGAACCAAUUUCUUCAAACAACCCAUCUGUGACCAGUACUCCAUCAAGUUCUGAAGAGAUGGAUUUAAGUCCCUCUGAAAACAACAAUGAGAGUGAUCUGCCUUCCAACAAUGUUGCUUUGGAAAACAAUGCAACGAGUCAAGACCAGAGCAUUGCGGUGCAGCAAGAAUGGACUUUGAGUAACUUCUUGGAAAAUAGGAGAAAGUUCAACAUCGACUUGGCACCUAAAAUAAUGUUUUCAAGAGGCUCCCUGGUUGAUUUGCUGAUAUCUUCAAACAUUGCCCGGUAUGCUGAGUUCCAGUGUGUAAAUAAAGUUCUCACCUACAUCAAUGGUCAUAUCGAACAGGUUCCUUGUUCUAGAGCUGAUGUAUUUAGUAAAAAAACUGUUAGCGUUGUUGAAAAAAGAAUGCUCAUGAAGUUUUUAACAUUUUGUUUGAAAUUUGAAGAACAAAUUGAUGAAUAUCAAGGAUUUGAAGAUCUCUUGUUUUCUGAUUUUCUCAAAUCAAAGAAGCUAACAUCUAAUGUGGAGCACUACAUUAUGCAUGCUAUUGCAAUGGUGAAUGAAAAAAGUAAUACAUUGCAGGGUUUGAAAGCCACUCAAAAAUUCCUCCAAUCACUUGGAAGGUACGGAAAAAGCCCAUUUCUCUGCACAUGCUAUGGAAGUGCUGAGCUGCCUCAAUGCUUCUGCAGGUUAUGUGCUGUGUAUGAAGGCAUGUAUUAUCUCAAAAGAGCUGUUGAUGGAAUAAUAAUGAAUGAACGAUGCACAGGUAUAAUAUCGAUGAAUCAAAGAAUUAAUUGCCAAUGGCUAAUAAUGGAAUCAAGCUAUGCUCCACCAGAAUUUGUGUGUGAAGCUGUACCACAAAAUCUUUCUAGAGCUAUUUUGAUUACUGAUGCUUCUCUUUCACCUUCGGAAAGAAAAGAAAAUAUUUUACUAAGAUUCCCAACUGGUCCCGGUAUUGUGAACCCUAUAACAAUAUUUGAAUUCAGUUCAAAAACAUAUGUUUGCCCAGAAGAUUUAUUUUUGGUAUACAUGAUAUGCCGCUCGUCAUCUGAAUCUGCUGAAGAAGAUUUGAGUGCUGCGGUAAACUUGCUGUUUAAUAUUGAUUCAACCACUGAGAGUAAAGCAGAGCGUCCAAAUCUACUCUGGAGUAUGUAUUACAACCAGAAAGACACAUCGACAGUGAAUCUUAAUUCUCGAGUGCCCGAAGGACUGUUCUUAACAUCCUCUCCUGAUUUUGAAUUAGAUUAUGAGCAUGCAGUUGCAGAGGCUCGAGAAAUUUUUGAAAAAAUAUGUCCAGGAGAAGAAUUUCUGCCCAGAGCCCCUGAUCCAGAAGACAUUUUGAUUGAAACACAAAAUAACCCAGGAGAGGAUGGAGAGGCAAGCAAAAUUGAGAACGAUGUAAAUAAUUCAGACUCUACUUUUUCUGAAGAUUCAAAAGACUCAUCAGAAGUUGAAAAUAAACCAUCGAGCGAAAGUGAACAAAUCAGUAGUGAGGGUACUCCGAGUAAAAACAUUUCUGAUGAAACAGGGAAUGAGAAUGUUUCUAGAGUCGAUUGAAAGAAAUUUUAACAAUUAUUUCUGCAAAUAAAUUAUAUAUUGAAAAAUGAAAACAUACACAGGGUUUCCAUUGCCUGUUAUUGGUGAUUUUAUAUUUCAACUUGUUUUUCCUGUGGUUUAAAAAACUAAACCUAAGCUGAUUCAAAUUCUUUACUAAUGUUUCUUCGUAACAUUAAUUAAUGGUGUUUGAAUAUUCUUUUAAGUUGUAAAAGUUA